UUCCGCAUGGAGAGGAUAUGACCCAUGAUAUCAAUAAUUAUGGAAAAGAAAAGAGAAAAAUUCCCGAAUGAUUGAUCUCUUUAACUGAUGGGUGGUUGCAUUGCGUUCGGCAGGCACGGGACUGAGUAAAGGUAAUGAUUACAUCUCCAAUAACAUCAAUUGAGGAACUGCCCCGCCACCCCGCCUUAGAGCUGUUGACCGAAACCACCGCCUUGGAAUAAUAAUCUCUUUUCUCAUUUUGCCUUCUUUCUGAGUCCCCCUCUCUUCACAUCCGCUAAUUUCUAUAAUAGUCACCAUGGCAAGCCAAUCUCCCAAUCUGUACAGCUUUUCCAAUUCCGAUGCGCUCGCGCAACAGUUGAGGACAUACGUCCUUAAGCAUCAAAAUGCCGCCCUCGCCCGGCAUGGUACUUUCCGAGUCGCAGUUUCAGGUGGCUCCCUGCCCACUGUUCUCGCUAAAGCGUUACUUGCACCAGGCAACGGAACUCCCGAAGACACCGCGCAAUUCUCCAAGUGGAAUAUCUUCUUUGCCGACGAGCGCGCCGUGCCCCUCGAUCACCAAGACAGCAACUACAAACUACUGAAGGAUGAAUUGCUGAGCAAGAUCCCCACGGAACUGGGUGAGCCCCGUGUGCACACCAUCGAUCCCAAACAUGUGAACGACGAGGACCCACAGGAGCUCGCAGACUUGUAUCAGGAGGAACUGAUGCGCAUUUUCGCGGCCAAGGACAGCGUCAAAUUACCGGUGUUCGACUUGCUCCUUCUGGGCUGUGGUCCCGAUGGUCACACCUGCAGCUUGUUCCCCGGCCAUGAGCUCCUUAGGGAGAAGGACGCUUGGGUCGCGGCCAUUAGCGACUCGCCGAAGCCCCCGCCGAAGCGGAUCACCCUCACCUUACCCGUGGUCACCCACGCUCUUAGCAUCGCGUUCGUGGCUACCGGUGGUGGAAAGAAGGAGAUCAUGAAGCAAAUUUUCGAUGCGGAGGAGGGAAGGGACCUCCCUUCUUCUCUUGUCAACCAAGGUGCUGGGGAGAAGGUCAGCUGGUUCACUGACCAUGCUGCUGUGGAGGGUGUCUCUUUCCCGAGACGCGGAAGCUUGUAAUCGGGGUACUGGGCAUUGUGAUGGUAUGUUGAGUCGAAGCUGGUUGAAGUUGAACUCCCAAGUGAAGGCAAGGGGGAAAAGUCCAAGGCUAUUUGCGACCGGGUUUCCUUCUAACCGCUUAAUCUGCGGCCACGUGCGCCCACUGAACAAGGUGGUGAUGGCCUAACAUGGACAUAUCCAUGCUUGCGAGGCUGAGUGGCCUAGGCCAUUGUCCACGUUGUCAGCGAAAAGUUUGUGUUAUCUGUACUUUUUGAUAUCACAGACAGUUUAAGUUGAAUGAAGUAAUUAUGAAGCAUGCCAUACGCGACACCCAAUAAAAGAUUGAACAGCUCAUUGGUAACGUUGGCGUAUAACUAGUACAGUGCAAUUCCGGUGAAAUAUAUUCUAUUUAGGGUUAUGCCAUAACCUGGAUACUCUUGGUUCAUUAUAAAUCUUCGUCAAGAAGACCUUUCACAAAACUACCAGGACAGUCGGGUGUGUAGGAACUACUCCCAUAAUGGUAGAUUUGGAUAUGAACCUUGAUGUAUAGGGUAUAAUUUUAAAAAGCAUGACAUUGCCGUUAUGAAUAGUUUCUAAUCAAUAUAUAUAGUUAGCAAUAUAAAAUAAUUGAUA